UGGUCGCACGUGUUAGAUGAGGAGAAAGUUGACCAACUUAAAUCAGCUAAAACUGUUUGACAGGAAUUAAGAAAGAGCGGUAGAGUUGAGCUUCGUGCUCAUCGUCCAUGCGGUUUGUUUUUGUGUUGAGUUGCCAUUUGGAUCUGUCAUGUUUUGUCCUCUAAAAUUGCGUUUGUUGACACAGCGCAUAAUAACGAUUGCGGAGUCGUCGGUGCGUCAAACGAACGAGCAUCAUUCUGUUUCGAACGGCGGUUAGUGCUUCGUCACCGGACUGGUCGGGAACUCUGGGCGAUCGGCGGUCACGUGACUCGCCGCUCCAGCAUCCGAGUGUCCUCAGCAGCAGCAACAUCCAGCUCAGAUCCACCUGCUCCUCUUUUUGACUCAAUCCUCGGAGGCUUUGCUGCAGGUCGAGGAUGACCGGGAAGACCCUGACCAGCAACGUGACCAACAAGAAUGACCCUCGCUCCCUGAACUCCCGAGUCUUCAUCGGCAACCUCAACACGGCUGUGGUGACCAAGGCGGACAUCGAGGCCAUCUUCUCCAAGUACGGCAAGAUCGUGGGCUGCUCGGUCCACAAGGGCUACGCCUUUGUUCAGUAUGUCAGUGAGAGGAACGCUCGGGCGGCCGUGGCUGGAGAGAACGCCAGGGUCAUCGCCGGACAGUCGCUAGAUAUCAACAUGGCUGGGGAGCCCAAACCUUACAGGCCCAAGGUGCCCUCCAAGAGGCCUCUGUCCUCCCUGUACAGCGGUUAUGAGUUCGACUACGACUACUACCACGAUGAUUUCUACAGCAGGCUCUUCGAGUACCACGGCCGCGUCGUCCCCCCGGCCCGAGCAGUGAUCCCCAUCAAACGCUCACGCCUGUUGUUGCCGUCCUCUCGCAGAGUGAAGUCUUCCUUCACUGCCAGAGCCUCUUCCUCCUCCUCCUCCUCCUCCUCCUCUUCCUCCUCCAGAGCGAUCAAUAUGGGCUCCUGCAUCACAGGGCCCAGAUUGAAGAACGACCAGCUUGUUUCCAUCAAGAAGGAGCUCUCGCAGAUCAAGACCAAAAUCGACUCUCUGCUGGGGAGGCUGGAGAGGUUUGAGCGGAAACAUCGAUCAGAGGCUGAGUUCCAGAGGAAGCACGAGGAGGCAUACGAGUGUCUCCAUGACGACGUGGCCGACCGCUCCGGCACAGAUGAGACCGGAAGGACGGCAGAGGUGGAGGCAGGCGAGAUGACUGAUGGUGGCGAGGAUGACUUUGAGGACGAAGGAACCAGAGACAUGAUAGAGAAUCACACAUCAGACAUCGACAUCUGAAAAAGCUGGAGGAAUCUGGUGGCCUGCAGUGCUCAGAGACGCGAGGAGACAAGCCAGCCGAACCUUCGUGAUCACGAAGGCGUUUAAAAAAAUGACACCGAAGCAGCCGCUGGAGUGAUCGACGGCCAGGGACGAGUCCUGAAACCUUUCUGUCGCUUGUUUGCCUCAUCAGAAGACACACUCCUGCUGCGGUGGUUACUUCAUCUUCAUGCUGGUUAGGAAUCCUCCGAGAUCAGCCAGAGAUCCGUCGAUAAAUUCCCUGCGGACGGAUUGCCUUUUGGAAAAACAGGACUCUGUAUCUUGUAUUUAAUAUGUUCCCCUCUGUAUUGUGCAUAACAAAACAUAAUGUGAUCCAUCAGUUGGAGCACCAAACACCUUUGUUUUUGUUCAUGACUCUGUCUGGUCGUGUGCUUCUGAAUCCGAAAGCAGGCAGCUGACAGGACUCGGGAUGUGAGAGGAACUCAUUACCACGCUCUCUUUUAUUCAUGCUUCUGCCGCUGAGGUUCCGUCUGUGAAUGCAGAUCAUGUUUGUUACGCGUGUGCACUUUGUGUUUUGUUUACGUUCCGUUGAUGGUGAUUUUCCUACGGCAUGAAAGCAAGUUCCGAUGAUUUGUAUUCAUCACAUCGGUUGUGCAGCCAAGAGUCGUGACUGUUUUUGGAAUAAACUUGUUCCCCAAAAAG